UAUAACGAACAUACCGAUCCCAUUGGAACACGCAAUUUUUUUUUUACAAUUUGACAUUUCUCCAUUUCUCGUACAUAGCUGUGCUCUAUUUUGCUUAAUUUAUUUUUGCGAAUUCGAUAGAAAAUACUGAAAAGAGAGAAAUUCCCUGAACUAUAAUCAAAACUAUCGCGAGAGCAGUCGUAAUUACAGUCUUGUAUAGAUUGUUGCGCUCCAUGCAAAGUCCGUUUUAGUAAUUGAGCUGUUCGUGUUAAAAUAUGAUGUGGCCCAAUCAUAAAGAGUCGAACUGUGAUUUUAUAUAGCAAAUUAGAUUUUAGUGUUAAUUGUGUGUUCUCUAGUGAGUGUAUCCAAAAUGGCAUAUCAGACGCUUCUUCAGGAAUACAUGCUUUUUCCGCCCGUCACCAGGGCAUAUACCACAGCCUGCGUUAUCACUACUUUGGCGGUUCAACUUGACCUCGUGUCACCAUUCCAAUUGUACUUCAACCCAAUCCUGAUAGUGAAGAAGUACCAACUAUGGAGGCUGAUCACUACAUUCCUCUUCUUUGGGAAUCUAGGCUUCAAUUUUUUCUUCAACAUGAUAUUUACAUACAAAUAUUGUAGAAUGCUGGAAGAGGGUUCGUUCCGAGGACGGACAGCUGAUUUUGUUGUCAUGUUCAUGUUUGGAGGAUUUCUGAUGAUUUUAUGUGCUUUCUUUGUCAAUCUGCUAUUUUUAGGACAAGCUUUUACAAUCAUGAUUGUUUACGUCUGGUCCCGCAGGAAUGUGUAUGUGCGCAUGAACUUCUUUGGAUUAAUGAACUUCCAGGCACCAUACUUGCCGUGGGUGUUACUCGGUUUCUCUGUUCUUCUUGGCAAUGCAAUAUCGGUGGAUUUAGUGGGCAUGGCAAUUGGACACAUAUACUUUUUCAUGGAGGAUGUUUUGCCAAGACAGAGAGGAGGGUCAAAGCUGUUGAAGACACCCAUGUUCCUCAAGAAACUAUUCGACCCACCUCCAGAAGAGCCUGACUACGUUCCGCUACCGGAACUCGCUAACAUUCGCCCCGGAGGCUUUGACUGGCGUCGACGUGACGAUGGGAACGAGGACGACGACGACGACAGAUAAGAUCUCAUAAUCAUGUACAUAAUUUGAAUACCGUGUCCAUGAACUAAAAAAUGUAUUGGCUGUGUUCAGACUUAUAGAUUUUGGAUAUUUUACUAGUUUCACACGACCAUCUAGUGUGUGCCAUAAUCGAGUAUUUCAGAUUGAGUCGAAUAAAGAGCGGUUACACAUAGCGACUUUUAGUAGCGACGUAAACUGAAACGCGCGAUUGCUUCGCUUCACUUGCGAUUUAGUGCGGUAAUACACGUCCGAUUUCGUGUCUGAUAGUCGGAUCCGACUACCGGAUCGGAUUCACUCAAUACACGUCCGAUAGGCGUCCAAUUCUUACAUCAGGGGGCCUACUCUCGAUCUCCGUCUGACAUCCGUCCGAAACAGUUACUGUCAAAUAAGUAAUAUUCGACAAAAUUAAAAAACAAGUAUCAAGUAUGAAGCUUCAUUCGCCCCCGGUGUGAAAAAAGAAUACAGCUGUUGCCGAACAAAGCCGAGCAGUAGGUAUUUUAAAGGACUAUCCACACACAUCAGGGCCGUGCCCGGAACGUGGACGGAGCGUAUCCGUCCGUCCCGGCGCCGGCCCGGACACGGACAUGUGUGAACAAGUUCAUACAAAAUAAACGCAACGAUAUCUUUUUGAGCCCCUGACGGAGCACGGCCCGUCCACGUCCCGGGCACGGCUUGGAUAUGUAUGGAUAGACCUUAAUACCACAACUUGCCACUCGUCAAGUUUAAUUAGUAAGGUUUAAACUUAAUUCAACUUGUUGAGUUUAUUUCUGAUUAUAGCAUAACGUAUAUGUAAUAGAUAUAGUAGUAGAUAUAGGGUACAUUUUGACUUUCUUAAUUAUUUGAUAUAUUUUUAAGCGUAACAAUAAUAAUAUAAUAAAUACAUGUGGGAAUGGAAUUAUGACCAUUGCUCUCCCCAAAUUUAUAACCUUGAUUUAUGGGGAUUUUGAAUAACUUGCAUUGGCAACGCUGUAAAUCGGAGGGAAGAAUCGGACGUGUAUUUCGUCUCCCCGGAAAAGUAUAGAGAGCGCGCCUUCAGACAAUCGGACGCUAUUUCCGACUCGGACGUGACGUCAUGUCCGAUCAGAUUGUCGGAUCGGAUCCGAUUAUCGGAUCGGACGUGUAUUGAGUGAUCAUACAAUUAUAUGGUACGAGCGCCUUCCGGUA